GGAGGAGAGUGACUUUAGAGCACUGUUCCGAGGGAGAGUUUUGCAUUAGGCCUCGGAGGCUGUGAGGUGGCGCUGAGUUUGUCUCCAGGCUACGCAAGGUGGAUGACCAGAGCUCGGAGUCAGUGGGCUAGCCGACCCGGCUUGGUUUGUCGGAACUGGAAUGCCGCGAUGGGUUGGCUGAUUAAGCCGCGAACGGAAUUAUUUCAUGUAAUUAUUGUAAGAAAACUUCAGUUUGAUCGCGAUGGCAAAGGAGGCCGCUUGCCGCGCGUCGAUGUGCAAUAAAGAGGCUGUGUUCUUGUGGUGCGGGAAAGACUGCACGAGGUGGGAUGAAUUUCAAU